GAGACACACAAGAGCAGCAGGGCAAGAUGAGACUCGCUGCUGGGCGGGACUUCACCGUUCGACUUCCUGAGUGAGUUUCAGUGUCUUCUACACCUGCAGUUCCUUUCAUACCUGUAACACUGACACCAAGAGAUGGCAGCAAUACUGGGAAUAUUUGGGAUUUGUCUGCUGUUCAGCGGAGUGCAGGAGACGUCUUCAGUCAUGACUGUAGAUAUCCCACAGGCAAUAUAUAAGAUUGCCCUGGAUGAUAAUGUGACGAUACCCUGCAAAUUUACACCCCAAACAGAUGGCGCAAAUAUCCGAGUGACAUGGACAGCAACUCCAGAUGUGACAACAGAUCCAGCGAUUAAGAUCGUCACUUACUCUGGUCCCACUUCAAUUAAAGUGUAUCCGAAAUAUAAAGGCAGGGCGAUCCUAGUGCAUGAUAUCAAGAACGGAAAAGCCGACCUGCAGCUCCUGAGAGUCACUAGCGCAGACACACGAUUUCACGCGUGCGAAGUUGAGAAUACGGAUAAUGAAGAGGACGCUGUGUCUGACAGGACCAACCUCAUAGUCUUGGUGCCUCCAUCGCCGCCCAUCUGCAAGAUUGAAGGGGUGUCAGAAUACUAUCAGAACAUCAACCUGACCUGUCGCUCGGAGAAGGGAUCGCCCCCACCAACCUACAAGUGGCAAAGAUACGACACCAAUAACAUCGCUCAGCUGAACCCGCCCAAAGCCACCGACCUAAACGGAGUGUUGUCGCUCUACAAUAUCACCAAAGAAACGUCCGGUUUCUUCAUCUGCACGUCCACCAAUGAGAUCAGAUCUGAGAAGUGUAAUCUGACCCUGGCCGUCAUGCCACCGUCCAUGAGCAUGGCCUCCGUUGGAGGGAUCGUUGGGGCCGUCGUGGCCGUGGCUCUUAUCUUUGGACUCAUCAUCAUCUGCUGCUAUUGCUGUCGGAAGAAGGAAAAGGCUGAGGAAUACAGGAUGGGGACUCCUGAAGGAGGAGAAUUCACAGACAAGGAUCCUGAAGGGAAAGUGGACGGACCGGACGAACACGUCAGCUACGAGGAAGAACGCCGCGUGAAAAGCGCAGGCAGACAUGAUCCGCAAGACGACCGCAGCGAGAGGAGCUAUGAUCGGCGCAGCGACUACACCGACAGACGAGACGAUCCCAGCGACCGCCGGGAGAGGUACGAUCGAGAUGACCGUUACGAUGACCGCCGCGACCGCUACGAUGACCGCAGAGACCGCCACAGUGAUCGCAACGACCGCUACGAUGACCGCAGAGACCGUUACGAUGACCGGAGGGAUCGCGACGAUGACAGUGACCAUUACUCCGAGCGCUACGACAGCCGCGACAGGCCUCCCAGCGUCCCGCCCAAUAAACCCAAUAAACCCAAAGACCCGAGAUACUGAGUUCAGACACCGAUCGAAGCCCAUUCAUCAGAAAGUAAUCAUGCUUUGGUAAAUCAUAAUUUUGACAUAACAAGUUUAAAAUAUGAUAGUCAUAUUAAUGAGAUGAAAAGUCGGAAUUGACACACUUAGGCUACGUUCAAAGGCAAGGCAAAUGUGGCCCAUUUUUUUGCUGAACGGCACAAACCACGUGGAAUCUGAUUUUUCAAUUCUGAUUAGGGCCACUUCUAUAUGUGGUCCUAAAUUCAAUACAGGUCCUAUUUUUUUACAAUGUGAUCUAUUUUUUUUUUUAAAUCUUUGCUGCGUGUGAUGUACAUUGUGUGCGUUACAAUGCGGCACGCUUUAGUUUAGAACGGCGAUUAACUUACCUGUACAAUAAGAUGUUUAUAAUUCUCCCGUUUAAGUUAAGCAUCCAGAUGGUAUAAACACACGUCUUAUGGAGCGCUCUCGGAGUAUGCAUUUAUUUGUCAUUUUAACCAUUUGGAAACAAAGCGUAAAUGUGGAUUUCAAAGAUUUCUUAUCCUGUUGCGCCCUCUAUAGGACCAGCGACGAGCAUUAAAGUCGACUAAUGUGAUCUCAUCUGAGCAGCCGAAUAUGAAUUCAUGCGACUUUUACGUCGCUCUAGUUUAGAUCAGCAUCCGUCACCAUUCUGUGCUCUUGGGAGUCAUAACUGUGACUUUUAAUGUCAUGAUUCAGAUUUACCAAAGCAUGACAACAACAAACCUUUCCAUCCUCAUAUGCUGAAUAUGAGAUUUGGCAGAAUAAAGGGGCUUUAAUGAAUCUUUCUCUGGAGAAACCAUCAACGCAGUGGCUGUUUUAUCAAAUGUGAAUGCCCUGAUAAUGGCGUGUCAGAUGGAUGAUGGGAUUGAUGAGCUGUAUUGUUUGAUUUUACUGCUGUUCAUGUAUUGUGAAAGGCCUGUGUUUGAAAGCCCCUCAUAUUUAAGAGGGUUUCUGUAUUUUUAUGACUCUUGUUUGUCUCUGUUGAUGUUUCAACUGGUUUUUCUGGGUUUUUACAGUCUUUUUAACCUCAAUAUUCAUUUAUAGGACUAAAUUGUGAAUCUAUUAGAUUUAAGUUUAUUUCAAUCUAUUUUCGCUUUCUUUUUGUAUUGUUUCAAAAUAAAACAUUCAAGCAUAUGUCUUGUGUUGGCAGAAUAACUGGUUUCACCAAAGUUCCUCAUGCAGCUCAUUUAACAUUCAGGCUUCUGUUUUAAAAUGUGACGAACGUGAAGCUGGACUGCAGCGGUUAGUGGCCUAACUAACCCAUUUACAGCUGGUCAUCUGUCGUCCAGCAGCUUCUCUCUGUACAUCUGUGCAUUAUGAUUCAAUGUGAUGAAAAGCGUCCCUGAUGUUCUUGUUGAUUGUGAGUUUUGCACCAGUCUAUUUUAAUUUAAGAUGUUAGUAAAUGUAAUUAUUCUUAAACAGUAAAUUUGGAUCAUGUCAUGGGAAUCAUAUUUUCCUGUAUAUGACAUAAAUGUAUUGAUCAACAUAGAGAAGAUCAUGUAGUUUUUAUGAUUUGAAUUUUUAUUAUUUUGAUUAAUUUGUACAUUACAUUGUAUGUUCUGAUGUUGUUUAUUUUCUAAGAUAUGACAUUAUUAAAGGCAUGUUUUUACUCAA